AUGGAGGUGAUUAAGCCAAACUCGUUUGGUAGUCUUUUGGAGGUGGGUGACGUUGACAAAUGGGCACUAUCUAUAAUAGAGGGUUCACCUGCUCAUUACAGAUGGAUGAAGUUGAAGAGUAAGGCAGUUGUUGAUUUUCUGGGGUCUUCCUCAGUGGGAUUUUGUUGCCACUUGGAGACUAGAGUUCGAGAAGGUAAUUUUGAUUCUGUUUCUAGAAGGUUCGGUAACUCUUGGGAUUACUCUUGUAGUUACAGUAAUAGUGGUGUUGGUCGGAUUUGGGUGAUGUGGAAGAAGAAUCGUUUUUCUUUCUCUACUCAUGUGAGGGAUGAACAGUUUAUUACAGAUUACUUCUGCUUGGUCGAGCCCAGGGUUGUCAUGGAAGAUUUUAAUGCUAUUAGAGGUCAUUCUGAAGCUUGUGGGGGAUCUCCUAUUCAGGGUGAGAUGGAGGAUUUUGAUAUGGCUAUUCGCGAUGCUGAUUUAGUAGAGCCGUCGGUGCAGGGAAACUGGUUUACUUGGACUAGUAAAGUUCAGGGGUCUGGGAUGAUGCGUCGUCUGGAUCGUGUUUUAUUGAAUGAUGAUUGGUUAUCUGCAUGGCCUACUAUGUUAGUUAAUGUGCUUCCAUGGGGUAUUUCUGAUCAUUCUCCUAUUUUAUUAUAUCCUAGCUUUCAGCAAAAUAGCAAAGUGGUGUCUUUUCGAAUCUUCAACCAUUGGGUGCAGGAUCCAUCCUUUUUGAGACGGUUUGGUAGACACAUCAGGAGUCUUAGUGAGGAGGUACGCAUUGCUAAGGAGGCCAUGGAUAUAGCUCAGAGAGAGGUAGAACGUAACCCAAUGUCAGAUGUUUUGAGUCGCCAAGCAAGUCUUGCUACUGAGACUUUCUGGACAGCAGUUAGAUUGGAGAAGCCUCGCUUUGGCAGAAAUCUCGAAUUCGUUGUUGAUUCUGUUUGUUCCAGGGUGUCUUCUCAUGAUGGGGUGGCUCAGAUGGCAGUUAAUUAUUUUAGUAACAGUUUGGGGUCCCAGGAGAUUGGCUAUAGAGAAUUGACCCCAAUUAUUGAUGAUAUUGUUCAGUUUCAGUGGUCUGAGGAGUGUUGUCAGGCGUUACAGGUUCCUAUUAGUCGGGAGGAAGUUAGGAGGGUCUUAUUCUCUAUGGAUAGUGGAAAGGCUCCCGGUCCUGAUGGGUUCUCUGUUGGUUUCUUCAAAGGUGCCUGGUCUGUGAUUGGUGAAGAUUUUUGUGAUGCGGUUUUACAUUUCUUUGAGACCUAUUAUCUUCCAGUAGGAGUUAAUGCUACUGCUAUCACCCUCAUUCCUAAACAUAAUGGGGCUGAGCGCCUGGAGGACUUUCGUCCUAUUUCUUGCUGUAAUGUGUUAUAUAAAUGCAUUUCUAAAAUUUUGGCUGAUAGACUUCGUGUGUGGCUUCCUUCUUUUAUCAGUAGUAACCAGUCUGCUUUUAUACUUGGGAGGAGUAUUAUCGAGAACAUUCUGCUUUGUCAGGAAUUGGUAGGAGGUUAUCAUCUUAAUUCUGGUAAACCUCGAUGUACUUUGAAAGUUGAUCUUCAAAAAGCAUAUGACUCUGUUAAUUGGGAUUUUCUGUUUGGUUUGCAGAUUUCUAUUAGUACUCCGUUGAAGAAGGGUGUAAGACAAGGUGAUCCUUUAUCUCUCUUUCUCUUUGUUAUGGUGAUGGAAGUUCUUUCUCGUAUGUUGAAUAAGAUUCCUCAGAGUUUUCAAUUCCACCAUCGUUGCGAAAAGAGGUUUGGUGAGCUUUCAGGUUUGUUUGCAAAUCCUAGGAAAAGCUCUAUUUUCAUUGCAGGAGUUAAUAAUGAGAAUGCUUCUCGUUUGGCUGCUUGUAUGGGUUUUGUCCGUGGAAAUCUCCCUGUUCGUUAUCUUGGCCUUCCUCUUCUUACUGGUCGGUUACGUUCUAAUGAUUGUGUUCCUCUGAUUCAGCGUAUCACUAGUCGAAUUCGUUCUCGGUCUGCUCGAGUUCUUUCUUUUGCUGGUAGACUGCAGCUUGUUUGUUCUGUGCUUUGUAGCCUUCAAGUUUACUGGGCUAUUGUGUUUGUUCUUCCUGCGUAUGUGCAUAAUGAGGGCGGUCUUGGUAUUCGUGAUGGCACUGCAUGGAAAUUUGCUAGUACUUUGAAGAUUUUGUGGCUUAUGUUGACAAAUUCGGGUUCUCUUUGGGUGGCUUGGGUGGAGGCUUAUGUACUGAAGGGGAGGUCAUUAUGGGAUGUGGAUAGUAGAGUGGGUCGAUCUUGGUGUCUUCGGGCGAUCUUACGUAAGCAAGAGAAGCUGAAGCAGCAUGUAAGGAUGAAGGUGGGAAAUGGCAAUAGAUGUAGAGUUUGGCUUGAUCCGUGGUUGCAGAGGGGUGCCAUUCUGGAACAAGUUGGAGAGAGAGUGCUUUAUGAUGCAGCAAGUCGGAGGGAGGCUAGUCUCUCUAACUUUAUUGGCCCAGAUGGAGAAUGGCUUUGGCCACGAGGUGGUUUCUCUAUUGCAAGUGCAUGGGAAGCUAUACGUCCCAGGGGUGGUCGGGUUCUUUGGGAUGGUUUAUUGUGGGGUGGGGGAAAUAUCCCAAAACAUUCCUUUUGUGCGUGGUUGGCCAUUAAAGAUAGGUUGGGCACUAGAGAUAGAUUUCAUAGGUGGGAUAGUUCGGUUCCGUUGUCGUGCAUUCUAUGUGAGGGGGGUAUGGAGUCUCGCGAUCACUUAUUCUUUUCGUGUCCAUUUGGGGGGGAUGUUUGGUCUAGGGUUCUUCGGAUCAUGGCUUCCUCACAUAGGAUUGGGCAUUGGGGGGUGGAGUUAUCUUGGAUUUGUCAUCAGGGUAUUAGGAAGGGUGUGAGGAGGAAGCUGUGGCGCGUUCUUUGGUGCGCAACUAUAUAUUUUAUUUGGAAUGAGCGUAAUCAUCGGUUACAUGGUGGACAGGCUCCUGAUCCUAUUGUCAUUUUCCAUCUUAUUUGUACGUGGAUUCGUGCUCGUGCUGGCUCUUGGCGGGAGGAUGCUUAUCUUCCCUUUUAA